AACAAAACAGAUACAAUCAGCACAAUGAUAAUGCAAUUUAAAACAAUAUAAAAGUAUUAUCAGUAACCCGUCGUCAAGUAGACUUAGUGCUGUAAGGUGCUCAGCUGAAAUGCUCUUCGAUUCCAUUCUUGGCAACAUAGUGGGCGUGGUGGUGGCUCUAGUCACCAUUACCAUCGCCUACUUCAAGUGGAGGUACCAAUUCUGGAAACGACACAAUGUUCCAUACUUUGAACCCACAAUUCCCUUCGGAACCUCUAUUCCACCAUUCAGUAAACGCAAAAUCGGCGCCGGUCUCUUGGCGAAACAACACUAUGAAGAAAUGAAAGCGAAAGGAUGGAAACAUGGAGGAUUGUUCACGUGGCUCACUCCUACAUACUUCGUUACAGAUCUAGAUUAUGUCCGCAACAUCCUCACCAAAGAUUUCCAACAUUUCGUCGACCGAGGGAUGUACGUCAACGAAAAAGACGACCCUCUGAGUGGGCAUCUGUUCAACAUAGAAGGCCAAAAAUGGAGAAACAUGAGAAUGAAACUCAGUCCGACUUUCACAUCCGGGAAAAUGAAAAUGAUGUUCAACACUUUGUUAGAAUGUGUUCCUAGUUUCCUAGUCAAGAUCGAAUCAGAUCGCGUGAAUAAAAAUCCCAUCGACAUUAAGGAGGUCUUAGGAUGUCUUACUACAGACAUUAUCGGCUCGUGCGCCUUUGGCCUAGAAUGUAACAGCUUCAAAGAAGAAAAUGCCCCGUUUAGAGAAAACGGACGCAAGUUCUUCGACUUUACCAAAUCUAGAAUAAUUAAGUCGAUGAUUUCGUCAAACUUUCCUGCUGUUGGAAAAUUUUUGGGCUUCGGUAUAACUCCACCAGAUGUUACCGAGUUCUUCAUGAAGGUGGUAGAAGACACUGUCAAGUAUAGAGAAAGCAACAACAUAGUCCGCAAAGACUUCAUGCAGCUCCUCAUCGAUAUCAAAAACAACAAACUUGUUGCUGAAGAAGGUGUGAAACAAGACGGUACUACUUUGACUAUGAGAGAACUCGCUGCCCAAAGCUUCGUUUUCUUCGUUGCUGGGUUUGAAACUUCUUCUACAACCAUGACGUUUGCCAUGUAUGAACUGGCACGACAACCCGAAAUCCAGGAGAGACUCCGCGAAGAAAUCAAUACUGUUUUAGCCAAGCAUGGAGGUAAAGUUACAUACGACGCUAUUCAAGAAAUGAAGUAUAUGGACACAGUGAUCAACGAAACCUUGAGAAUGUAUCCCCCUGUGCCAGUGUUGUUCAGGAAGUGUGUCAAAGAUUAUAAGGUCCCCGAUCAAGACGUCGUCAUAAAGAAAGGUGUUAAAAUUCUGAUACCAAUUCUUGGGAUUCAUUACGACAAAGAUCAUUAUCCUAACCCUGAGAAAUUUGAUCCGGAGAGAUUCAACGACGUGAAUAAAAGUAAAAGACAUAAUUAUGCACAUCUUCCCUUUGGUGAAGGACCGAGAAAUUGUAUUGGUAUGCGAUUUGGCUUGAUGCAAUCCAAGGUUGGGCUCACUUACUUGUUGAAGAAUUAUAAAUUCACUGUGAAUAAGAAGACAAUACAACCGCUUAAACUCAAAGUACAUGCGUUUAUUCCAGCUGUCGAAGGUGACGUGUGGUUGGAUGCUGAGAAAGUAUGAUUUAGGUUUGGUAUUGAUUGAACUCCAGUGGUUCGGAAUCUGAUAUAAAAUGUUUUUGUUUUGUUAUGUAAACUAAUUGUAUUAACAAACACAUUAAAUAUUUUAUCUAA